AUGGCUCACAUGGGAAUUCAGAUCAUUGGGUUUUUUCUUGGCCUCCUUGGCCUAUUUGGAACAUUGGUCACCACUAUCUUACCACACUGGCGUAGAACAGCACACGUGGGUGCUGAUAUCAUCACAGCCAUGGAGUUCAUGAAAGGACUUUGGAUGGAAUGUGUCUGGCAAAGUACUGGCAUCUACCAGUGUCAAGUCCAUCGUUCGCAGCUGGCAUUGCCCCCAGACCUCCAGGCAGCUCGUGCUAUGAUGGUCAUUUCUUGUUUGCUUUCUGCACUGGCCACUUGCAUUUCCAUCAUGGGUAUGAAAUGCACCGUGUGCUUCAAGGAAUCUUCAUCCAAAAAUAACAUUGCUGUCUCAGGAGGAAUCUGCUACAUCCUUGCUGGCAUCAUGUGCCUCAUUCCAGUGUCUUGGUCAACAAAUGACCUAAUACGAGACUUCUACAACCCAACGAUUCCACCCAGAACCAAAUAUGAAAUAGGAGAGGCUUUGUACAUUGGCUUUGUGUCAACGAGCAUGACGCUUAUUGGUGGGACUCUCCUUUGUCUGUCCUGUUCUCAGCAGAGGAAUGGCCGGCCCAACCAACUACCGGCUUCAUUUGUACAGACUGCACCUCAGUGUAGGCUACCAGCUGUUUAUAAGGGCAACUCAAUUUCACAAACAUCAGCCCCACAUAGCAGUUACCGUUUACAUGACUAUGUGUGA